AUGGAAGCCAAAGUAGAGCAUGCUUUCCCUGAUCGACCUCAAUUCCAAGGGUUCAUGAAGCCCUGCCGAAUGGAAGGCGAGGUUCAGGCACUGGAAGUCCUCGGUGACAUUCCCAAGGAGAUCGAUGGUACAUUCUAUCGAGUGAUGCCCGAUCCCCAGCUUCCUCCGUUUGUUCAAGAUGAUCCGUGGUUCAAUGGCGAUGGCAACAUCGCCGCCUUUACAAUCAAAGACGGGACAGUAACAUUCCGUCAGCGAUAUGUACGGACCGAGAAAUUCAUUCGUGAGCGAGAGGCCAAGCGAGCUCUUCUUGGUAAAUACCGCAACAAAUACACCGACGCCGUCGAAUUCAAAAUCCGCACAACAGCCAACACCAACGUAGUCUACUUCAACGGGCAGCUCCUCGCUCUGAAAGAAGACGCUCCCCCAUAUGCUCUUGACCCCAUUACACUGGAAACCAAAGGGCUGUAUGAUUUCGAGGGACAACUCCCCAGUUUGACCUUUACUGCCCAUCCAAAGUUCGACCCGAAGACGGGAGAGAUGAUUUGCUUCGGAUAUGAGGCGAAGGGCGAUGGUACCCCGGAUGUAUGCUAUUAUAGUGUCAGUCCGGAUGGAAAGUUUACUGAGGUAGUUUGGUUGGUUGCGCCUGUGGCUGCUAUGAUUCAUGAUUUUGCUGUGACGGAGAAUUGGGUGCUUUUUCCUAUCAUUCCUCAGGUCUGCGAUAUUGAGAGAAUGAAACAAGGUGGUGAGCAUUGGCAAUGGAGUCCGGAGACGCCAGUCUAUCUUGGUGUUUUGCCCCGUCGUGGAGCGAAGCCAACGGACGUUAAGUGGUUCGAAUACAAAAACUCCUUCCCAGGCCACACAGUCAACGCCUACGAAGACACCAACGGCCACAUAACUCUAGACCUGGGUCUAAGCUCCAAAAACGUCUUCUUCUGGUGGCCUGACGCCGCCGGAAACGCCCCCGAGCCCAGCAGCAUCCUAUCCCAAAUAGUCCGCUUCACUCUUGACCCCAACUCCAAGGGCGAAGCUCUCCACCUCCCAAGCCCCAAAAUCCUCCAAAAAGACAACACCGAAUUCUACCGCAUCGACGACCGCUUCGCCACCCAGCCCCACCGACACUGUUUCAUGGACCUAAUGGAUCCAACCCUGGGAACCGAUUUCCAAACAAUCGCACCCAGACUGGGCGGCGGGUAUCCUUUGUACAAUAGUCUUGCGCAUCUUGAUAUUGAAACAGGGGAGACGGAGAUUUAUUUCCCGGGUAGGACGCAUAUGGUGCAAGAGCCGGUUUUUAUUCCGAGGAAGGGAUCGAGGGUCGAGGGGGAUGGGUUUUUGUUGGCUCUGGUUAAUAAUUAUGAGAGUAUGGGGAGUGAGUUGCAUUUGGUGGAUACGAGGGAUUUUACGAAGGUGAAGGCUGUGAUACUGUUGCCGAUUCGGUUGAGGCAGGGGUUGCAUGGGAAUUGGGUUGAUGCGGUGGAUUUGAAGGUGUCUAUUUGA